GUCACUCCUUGUUGCAUCUUGCUUAGAACCCAGUCCCAGAUCGUUCGCGAGAGAGAGAGAGAGUAGCAUAACAAUGUCCUGGCAAGCCUACGUCGACGACCAACUUUUGUCCACUGGACAAAUCAGCAAAGCUGCCAUCUUAGGCAAACAGGGAGGUAUCUGGGCAGCUUCAAAGGGGUACAAUCUGUCCCAAGGUGAACAAAACGCUAUUACCAACACCUUGUUCAAGAAACCAGAUGAGGCUAGGGCAUCGGGUAUAACCCUCGCGGGAUUCAAAUUCAUGUGCAUCAAAGCUGAACCUGAGGAGGUGAUCGGACGAAAAGGCGAGCGAGGUGUCUUUGUCGUCCCUACCACUCAGGCUGUUAUCGUUGGAGAGUACGAAGCUCCGACUCAAGCGGGAGACGCCAACGUCGUUGUGACUAAGCUUGCUGAUUACCUCAAAAGUGUAGGGUACUAGUGUGUCGACGUGAUUCUCUUGCAGUGAAUACAGUGGAGGGUCGAGGCCUUUCAACAAAUGUAUACAAUGCGCGGGA